AAAACAAAAUACUAAAGGAAUUGAUGGAUGGAGGAUUUUCCCUUUUGAGUUUUUAUAAUUGGAAUAAGAUAAUAAACAUGGUGUGCACAAAAAAAACGUAAAUGGAUGUCCCCUCCACCAUCAAGGAGAGAUUUCCGCCCAUGGACAUAUUUAACUUCCGGUAUCAGUGACAAACACAUUGGGUUUCACACAGUUUUAUUGAAUGGUUGUAGAGAAAAUGCACUCACUGUGAGAGUAAUGGACAUGACAUGAAAUGGACAAGGCAUUUUGACCUACAUGUACUGUUAAUUAUGAAAAUUCCUGUGAGUUUUUGGAUAGAAUGCACUUGGUUUUGGUGUUAAUAAAACCCGAAGGUCAUGCUUUAAUCAUAAAGUCAUCUCAUUGAACAGUUUUUCAUUGCAUUCUUUUUCGACAGUUCAAAAUGUAGCGCGACGGACAUGACACAUUUAGCAUAACGGACAUGACAGUUUUGUCCACUUUUUAUAAGUCAGUACACAAGCAUGACAAGGUACACCCUAGGCCACACCAUAUCGCGAACUGUACCAACAGCUAGCUGAGAAAGUCGACACAUCUCAACCCGGAGACCAUCAUGACCAUCUUUCGAGUGCCGGGAUGAUGACGAGGACAGAGAUGUGACGGUCACAACCAACAUACCCAGGCCAAGGUCUUAGGAGAUCCCUCCUACAUCAUGUUCACAGUUACAAAAUGGUUGACAGUGCAAUCUUUGGCACUCCACCAGAACCAGUCUUCAAUCUGAAGGGCUGUUGUCUGUCUUCUGAACUCCUGGAAGAGUUGCUGUAUGUACAAGCUGCUCACAAUGAGAAGGCAGUCAAAAAUUCUGGCAGUGCGGAUGGUGCUUUCAAACAAGGGUCCAUAGCAGAAAUGAUGUUCCUUGUGUGUGAUAAGUUUAAUCAACCCCCAGAGGCCCGCUAUUUAGCCUUGGAGAUCUUUGACAGAUUCAUGACCAAGUAUGCCCGUGACCAGCUCAAAAAGGCCCACUCAGGCAGAGGGGGUUACCAGAAGAAAGCUGCUACCUGGAAUUCUUUCCUGCGGAAAAUACAGAAACACCUCAAGCUAUACAUCACGUCCUGCGUGCAGAUAGCCAGCAAGAUGUGCUCUCAUUACAAAAUUUUGACAAAUCGGAAAUGCAGCAGGUUUCUCCUGGAUGCUGGGCUGGGCUGUACCUCGGCAACCAUCCUGAGGACAGAGCUGACCAUCCUGGAGACACUGGACUAUCACGUCUAUGCAACCUCACCGCUCACAUACAUCGAAACUCUCCUGGAGAUCAUGGGGCACAAUGACAAAAGCACCAGCAUGAAAAUCCUACACGAGACCAGUAUGAAAGUGAUGGACCUAGCUUACUUGCGACGCAGCGCAGUGUAUGACGAACUCUUCAGGGUGGCUACAGGUGGAAUGACUGGUUCUGCCAAGGACAGGGAAAGUUUUGCCAUGGUUGAGCACGACAUAAUGCUGUUUGCAGUGGCAGUGAUCGGUGCAGCAUCCUACGUGAUUGACAAGACCACAAGUGAUCAGGUGAUUGAUCAUCUAAGCCGCAUCACAUGCAUCCCUACUGACGACAUACUGGAGUUUGCUACCGUCCUCGUCCAGAUCACUCUCCAGUUAGACCGUCAUCAGUGACAAAAUCCACCUCACUUCAGCCUUGGGUUCAAGACACAAGUCGUCACCGGUAUUGCCCGCAGUUACAAAUUUACCCGCAAACCAAGCCAUCACUUUGAAUUUAUAGUUCAGUUAUGUGACUGCUUAAAUUCCAUUCGAGGGCAGACACACCAAAAAGUGACAAUAACCCUCGGAACUCUGGAAUGAAACGACAGAUUCAGAACAAAGUCUCUUUGGGGAGCCCCCUGCAAUCUCUUUACGUCGUGGGCUCCAUCAAGUGUGAGGCCAAAUUUGGAGGUUUCGUGCCCUUGGAAGACAGGGAGAUAACAUACUCUAAAAAACAGUUGUCCAUUCAUUUUAUUUAAUUUACUGAAAAUGAGAACGGAUCACCUUUUUCUCAUAAUCUAUACGACACUUCCAUCUCAAAGAGAUAAAUUCCCACGUAUUCUUAGUUCUGUUUACUGCACAGAAUUUUAAACGGUAAGACAAAGCCACACACAUCGAUUUAAGUAAACAACGAAGUGAUCAAGUGUAGACGACAGUGCUUUUGUGGCUCACAGUAGGAAGAAUCCUGUUUCUGAUAUGAAGAGACUGGAAGCUGUCCUGCCAACAGUAUUUUCACACUAGUGAAUUGCACACUUAAUUCAAUAUGCAUUUCAUUGAAAGAAAAUAGUUCAGCGUUUACAAAUUGUAUGUGCAUCCUUUCCCAAGCCAUGAUAAUUUGGGCAGACAUUAGACAAAGAUUAGAUUUUUGCUGGACGAAUGUACGGAGAACAAUCCACAAAAUCCAAACAGCUGGAGUAAGCUUGUCUAUAAAUCUAGAUCAAAUGACAGGUACGACAUGAGCGCUGUGAAAAAGAUACUCCAAAAUACAUACGACACAUACAAGUGACUAUCAAUACCUCAAUGUACAUGUGUCUAGUUGCUGGAUUUCUCCACAUGUGGCCUCUGCACCUGGCCACUGCCCUGAUUUGGCGCCCUCUCUUGACUCCUUUGUAUAAUAGGAGCAGUUUACCUACUUUCUCAAGAAAACAUAAUCAAACCUCAUCCUCAAAUGAUUCCUCAUAUUUGACCAUCAAAAUAUAUAGAUCUCAUGCCUGGCUCUCCAAGAAAAUUUUCUUUUUCAGAUUUCAAAUGAAAAUCUUCACCAUUUCUUUGGUAUACUUCACUCAGUAUUAAUAACUUCUUAACGGUCUCAUAAUUGUAAUGAACAUAUAAAAACCUAAGUAUCAGGUCUUUUAUUUACUUUUUUUAAGCAUACAUUGUUAAACAGAUAUUCCCAGAAUUCCUCA